AUGGCAUCAAAUUAUAUGGGAGUUGGUGCUAAAGACAAGUGCCGGCGAUGGGAUAAAAAAGGGAAGGGCUACAUUUACGUUUCAAGACCACAAGUAAUAAAUAACUACAACUCUAACAUGGGGGGUGUUGACAAGAUGGAUUUCCUUAUUACCUUGUAUCGGACAUUUAUUAGGUCUAAAAAGUGGACUCUGAGAAUGUUUGCUCAUGCCAUAGAUAUGGCAUGCGUAAACGGCUGGUUGGAAUAUAAAGAAAAAGCUGCUAACAUGGGUGUGGCUAAGAAUGAUGUCCUAGAUUUGCUUCACUUUAGAGCCUAUGUUGCUGAGGUUUUAAUCUUGGCAGGAAAAACAUCUACUAGGAAAAGGGGGCGACCAGCAGCUGAUAGUCCCGGUCCUUCAACGCCCAAACCGUUAAAAGUAAGACCAGAAAUUAGACCAGUGGCCGAAGUUCAAUUAGACAGACUAGACCAUUUGCCAUCCAUUGACGAAAAAGACUUUGCAUCUAGGUAUAAAGUACCAGGCUGUAAAGGACGGUCAAGAAUUUUAUGCCAAAUAUGUAACGUUCACCUGUGCCUUACAAAAAAAAGCAACUGUUUUGCAAUAUAUCAUACAAAGUAA